AUGGCCCUGGACGGCGAGCGCGGGGAGCAGGAGGAGGAGAAGAAAAAGAAGAAGAAGAAAAAGAAGAGGAAGAAGAAGAAGGAGGAGGGGGCUGAGAAGAGCCGCUCACCCUCUGAGGCCACGAUGGGGGAGAACGACGCCGCGCUCCGGACCGGCAGCAGGGGGCUCUCGGACCCGUGGGCGGACGCCGUGGGGGUGCGACCCCGCACCACGGAGCGCCACAUCACUGUGCACAGGCGGCUCGUCCUGGCCUUCGCCUUGUCCAUCGUGGCGCUGCUCGCGGUCACUAUGCUCGCCGUGCUGCUCAGCCUGCGCUUCGACGAGUGCGGGGCCAGCGCAGCGUCCGGCGCGGACGGCGGCCUCCCCGGCUUCCCGCCGCGCGGUGGCAACGGGAGCCUUCCGGGCUCUGCCCGGCGCAACCACCAAGCCGGCCGGGACUCCGCGCAGCCCGAGGCGGGAGUGCAGGCCACCCCAGGGGCACCGUCUGCCCGGCCGCCGUCGGAGGAGGAGCAGGAGCAGCGGCAGCCGUGGACGCAGCUGCGCCUGUCCGGCCACCUGAAGCCGCUCCACUACAAUCUGAUGCUCACCGCCUUCAUGGAGAACUUCACCUUCUCCGGGGAGGUCAACGUGGAGAUCGUGUGCCAGAACGCCACCCGCUACGUCGUGCUGCACGCCUCCCGAGUGGCGGUGGAAAAGGUGCAGGUGGCCGAGGACCGGGUGGCCGGGGCUGUCCCGGUGGCCGGCUUUUUCCUCUACCCGCAAACCCAGGUGUUGGUGGUGGUGCUGAAUAGGACCCUGGAUGCGCAGAGGAAUUACAACCUGAAGAUCAUCUACAGCGCCCUGAUCGAGAACGAGCUCCUGGGCUUCUUCCGCAGCUCCUACGUGCUCCACGGGGAGAGAAGAUUCCUUGGUGUUACUCAGUUUUCGCCUACACAUGCCAGAAAGGCAUUUCCUUGUUUUGAUGAGCCCAUCUACAAGGCUACUUUUAAAAUCAGCAUCAAGCAUCAAGCAACCUAUUUAUCUUUAUCCAAUAUGCCAGUGGAAACUUCCGUGUUUGAGGAAGAUGGAUGGGUUACGGAUCACUUUUCACAGACCCCUCUCAUGUCCACAUAUUAUUUAGCCUGGGCUAUUUGCAACUUCACAUACAGAGAAACUAUCACCAAGAGUGGGGUUGUAGUACGGUUAUAUGCAAGACCCGAUGCUAUCAGAAGAGGAUCCGGGGACUAUGCUCUCCAUAUAACAAAGAGAUUAAUAGAAUUCUAUGAAGACUACUUUAAAGUGCCCUAUUCCUUGCCAAAACUAGAUCUUUUAGCUGUGCCUAAGCAUCCGUAUGCUGCUAUGGAGAACUGGGGACUAAGUAUUUUUGUGGAACAGAGAAUACUGCUGGAUCCCAGUGUUUCAUCUAUUUCUUAUUUGCUGGAUGUCACCAUGGUCAUUGUUCAUGAGAUAUGUCACCAGUGGUUUGGAGACCUCGUGACCCCGGUGUGGUGGGAAGAUGUGUGGCUGAAGGAAGGCUUUGCUCACUACUUUGAAUUUGUUGGGACAGACUACCUCUACCCUGGCUGGAACAUGGAGAAACAGAGGUUUCUGACGGAUGUUCUGCACGAAGUGAUGCUGCUUGACGGCUUGGCCAGUUCCCAUCCAGUAUCACAGGAAGUGCUACAGGCAACAGAUAUUGACAGGGUGUUUGACUGGAUCGCUUAUAAAAAGGGUGCUGCUUUAAUUAGAAUGCUGGCUAAUUUUAUGGGCCAUUCCGUGUUUCAGAGGGGUUUGCAGGAUUAUUUAACCAUUCAUAAGUAUGGCAAUGCUGCCAGAAAUGAUCUCUGGAAUACUCUUUCUGAGGCUUUAAAAAGAAAUGGAAAGUAUGUAAAUGUACAAGAAGUAAUGGAUCAGUGGACACUCCAGAUGGGCUAUCCUGUUAUCACCAUCUUGGGAAACACAACAGCAGAAAAUUGGAUCAUAAUCACCCAACAGCAUUUUAUUUAUGACAUCAGUACCAAAACUAAAGGACUUGCACUUCAGAACAACAGUUACCUGUGGCAGAUUCCAUUAACUAUUGUGGUAGGAAAUAGAAGCCAUGUGUCUUCAGAAGCAAUUAUUUGGGUGUCUAACAAAUCAGAGCACCACAGAAUAACUUCUUUGGCCAAAGGAAGCUGGUUGCUUGGCAACAUCAAUCAAACUGGCUAUUUCAGAGUCAACUAUGAUUUAAGGAAUUGGAGGUUAUUGAUUGAUCAAUUAAUCAGGAAUCAUGAGGUUCUCUCUGUCAGUAAUCGAGCAGGCUUGAUCGACGACGCCUUCAGCCUAGCCAGAGCUGGCUAUUUGCCUCAGAAUAUUCCCCUGGAGAUUAUCAGAUACCUGUCUGAGGAGAAGGAUUUCCUUCCUUGGCACGCUGCCAGCCGAGCUCUUUAUCCUCUAGAUAAAUUACUGGACCGAAUGGAGAAAUACAAUGUCUUCAAUGAAUAUAUUUUAAAGCAAGUUGCAACAACGUACAUCAAGCUUGGAUGGCCAAAAAAUAAUUUUAAUGGAUCUCUUAUUCAAGCGUCUUACCAACAUGAAGAACUACGUCGAGAAGUGAUAAUGCUGGCAUGUAGUUUUGGCAACAAGCACUGUCACCAACAGGCCUCAACACUUAUUUCUGACUGGAUUUCCAGCAACAGGAACAGAAUACCUCUAAAUGUUAGAGACAUUGUGUACUGCACUGGAGUUUCACUGCUGGAUGAGGAUGUCUGGGAAUUCAUAUGGAUGAAAUUCCACUCCACCACAGCAGUUUCUGAGAAGAAAAUAUUAUUGGAAGCCUUAACUUGCAGUGAUGACAGAAAUUUAUUAAAUAGGCUUCUGAAUCUGUCACUGAACUCAGAGGUGGUGCUGGACCAGGAUGCAAUUGAUGUGAUAAUCCAUGUGGCUCGAAAUCCACAUGGCCGGGACCUUGCCUGGAAAUUUUUCAGAGAUAAGUGGAAGAUAUUAAAUACCAGGUAUGGGGAGGCAUUAUUUAUGAAUUCCAAACUUAUCAGUGGAGUUACAGAAUUUCUUAAUACUGAAGGCGAACUCAAAGAGCUAAAGAACUUUAUGAAGAGCUAUGAUGGAGUAGCUGCUGCCUCUUUCUCAAGAGCUGUGGAAACUGUCGAAGCCAAUGUGCGCUGGAAAAUGCUGUACCAAGAUGAGCUUUUCCAAUGGUUAGGGAAAGCUCUGAGACACUAAUACGUGUCUCAAAAACAACUCAACUCAGAAAUUCUGUGAAAAGCUCUGCUUUAUGUAGAAUGAAGAAAAUGGCCCGAUUUUCAGUGUUAACGUGUGGGAGGAAUUUUUUAAAAAUUGGUUUUGGGGGAUUUUUUUUCAUUCAUUCGGUUUUGUUUCUCUACUGGGUGUUCUUUAAAGAAACCCCUGCAAGUGAAACUAGCCAUGCUUGCUUCAGCUGUACAUUCCUUGCUCUACAGGACCAAGUAUGGUAGUGGUGCAUGUCGAUGUUGCAGUCAGUCUGGAAAAACAUAUUCAGAAUAUUUUGUGCAUGGUUGUAUGGUCCUGCCUGUGUUUCAGCAUGCUUAUUUAAAAUGUCCAAUAUUGUGUGUUACAUGUUACAUCCAGGAUGGGCAUUAUGCAAAAGCACAAAUAUUAUCUGUGACAAUCAGUGUUGCAAUGAAAGGAAAAGUAAAACAGAAAAAUUAUAUUCUUAGUCUUGGGCAUUGUAAGAGGUAAAAUAGCCUUUAAGUGAUCAAGGUCAAUUAUUUCAGCACUUGGAUUGUCUUGACAUGACUACUGUUUUGUUAGCUCAUUUUCUUUGAGUUAAAGUUGUGUAUAUGUUACAAAAGGCAUAUAGAUACUGUAUGCAUAUGUAUAUGUACAUAGGGAAGUCCCAUAUGCAUAUAGUGUGUUGUACACUGAACUUCUGCAAAGAAUCAAGAAACAUUUAUCUCUUUUCAUAAACUUCUGCAAACUUUGAAAAAGCUGAAAAGAAUUUAUGUCAGCACUAUACUUCUUGAAAAUUUUCCUAAGUUUCUCAGCUGUUAUGAAUUCUUCA